AUGAUGCUGCUCAUUGCGUUCCCAGUAGCAAACGCGAUUCCAGCCAAAGAUAUUGACAAGCUCUGCAACGAGACGCCUGAUGUGGCAUUUUGUCUCACAACCAUCGGGAAGGAUCCUCGAAUACCAGCCGCACGCGACCUCGGCGACGUGCUUUUAAUUGCGUGGACGACGCAACGACCCAUAUUGACAGAAUCAGUCGACAGUUCAGGUGGUCCGAACGGGAAGAGACGGAUCGAGGUUUGCAAAGUGGACUACGGAAUCGCUUUGGCUAGGUUUCACACUGCUUGGGAACUUGCAAGGAUUGGCACCGACGCGUAUGGAGAAGGGGCGGUCCGAUUCAAAGUCUCCUCUCACUUUCUAUAA